AUGAGAAAUGAUGGGAAGAACAUUAGCAAAUGCAAUGCCCGUGGAGAAAGGGGGAAGUUUGGGCCAAAAUGGCAAAGAAAAGAGAGUGGGUGUGGGACUAAGCAGGGCAGGGCAGGGCAGGGCGGUAAAAAGCGAAGGAAAGCAAAACAACAAGCACUGGAUAUUGGUCCCAGCAGCUUGAAGAAGAAGAAGAAGAAGAAGAAAGAGUGGGUGUACCGUACUGUGUAG